GAGACUUCACAUAUCCAAGCCAUGUAGUUCCCAGUUGUGACCUGUGGGGGGCGACGGAGAGCGCAAUUUCUGUAAAAACAACAUCUCACCUUCUUUCUUUAGUCCAAGUGCUGGAACACGUUAGAGUGACCAUGGAGCGCGUUUGCUGUCAUGUAGUUCAGCGUUAAUAAGCCGUGAAUAGUUGUAAACGGGGCGCCUUUGAGGAGAAACAAGAAACGGGACUUCGAAGCCAUGGCCGCACGGGAAGAAGGAGAGGUUUUGCACGGGAAACUAAGGCACCACGACGGGGCUGGAAGUGUAAACAGCUCUGAGAGCUUCAGGAACGGCUAUGUGAAGAGCUGCGUCACCCCCCUUAAACAGGACCAUCAGAGGGGGUUUUUGUUCAGCGUGUGCAGGUUUUGUAAUGAAGACGUCCUCAAUUCCAAACUGUUAAAGGUGUCCGGUCUGUACGUGGGCGCCUUUAUUGUUUUCGCCGUAUCUUUUCUCAUUUCCAGGAGCUUGCAAAGUGACUCGCUGUGGGAUUUGCGGACUUUUUUGCUGGGCUUGUCCCAGUCCAUCAGUCCUCUGUUCAGCAUAGGAUGCGCCUUCUUUUUCCUCACCUUCUACCUGAGGAGGAAGAAGAAACAGAGCAGCAGAUCGUGGCUCUUGUCACUGCCAGCUUCGUGCUACCUCGGGGAUUUUCUGGUUCUGCGGUUCCUGCAGUGGGGAGAGGAGCAGCACCAGAUGCAAAUGGUGGGCAGGUUGUUGUUUGUGUUGGGAUGCGUGGGUCUGCUCACACUCAUCCCCACGCUCAGACUCAAGCAGAGCGUCCUGGUCCUGGUGUUCGCCAGCGUGGUGUGGCUGCUCUCCCUGACAAGUUUGAGCGGUGUGCCCGCGCUGCUCAGACCGCUCCUGGCCUGCUUGGCGGGGGUCUCCGGCUCCCUGCUGGGGAUCUCCUUUGACCGCUAUUACCAAAGCAGGGAAGCGCUAGCUGGGAUUUCCAGCGCGGAGGAGAAGGUCCCAGUGAUCAGACCCAGGAGAAGAUCCAGCUGUGUUUCACUGGGAGAAACCUCAACCAGCUACUAUGGCAGCUGCAAAAUGCCCCGCAGACCCUCACUGCCAUGCAUAUCUAGAGAGCAGAUGAUCUUGUGGGACUGGGAUCUGAAACACUGGUACAAACCACAGUAUCAGGGUGCAGUGAGUGGCAAUGGCGUGGAUCUGUCAGUCAUCAACGAGGCCAGGAACUUGGUGUCGGAGCUUCUGAUGGACUCCUCACUUUCGCCGAACACAGCCGCCACUCUACGCAGCAUCUCAAGCCUGAUGGGGACCUUUUCAGGCUCAUGUCGCCCCAGGGUCAACCCAUUCACGCCCUUCCCGGGAUUCUACUCUGUAGAGUCAGAGGACUCUGCAGAGAGGAGCGACAGGAAAAGUGUAAAGGGUUUGAGCAGCAGAAACAGCCUCCCCACCCCUCAGCCCAGGCGGAGUUCGACCUCCUCCACAUCCUCUGCACUCCCUUCGCUGGACUCAACCUCUUCUCGCUGGGAGCGCAACAAUGGAAAGAGACCCCACUGUGACCUCAGUUUGACCAGCUCAGCUCUGACUAACGGUCCCAAUGCAAACCUCCUCACCAUUCCAAAACAGAGAUCCUCCUCUGUUACCCUAACAUACCAUGCUGGGCCAAGAAGAACAGGCACCUCUCCAAGCCUUAGCCCAGUCACCUCGCCAAGCCAUAGCCCUCCGACGCUAAGUACAGGUUCCUCAUCGACCGUCAGUCCUCGGUUGCCUGUGGAGUUUCCAGACACAGCCGACUUUUUGACAAAACCCAGUGUCAAUCUGAACCUCCACAAGCCCUUGGUCCACACAGUCAGCUCCACUGAUUUCCAACAGUCAUUUCGUAGCUCUGCCUUCUCUCUUUGCACCAGCUGUGGUCGGCAGAUGCUCAAGGGAAUUUCCAGCAGUGAGUCGGGGGACUCACAUCAGCUGUUCACCAGUGAGGCUCAACGGAGGCGCUCAGUGGCAGAAGGGCUGGAUUAUGUAGGAGGGGAUUCUAUCAGGGAAGAGCCGGACGUGUCUGGAGAUGGGAAGCCAGAUGCUGAAGGAAAACAAGGAGUGGCAGAGGAGGAAAGGGAGAAGAUCCUAACUGCAGAGCUACAGACUCACAAAUCAGACGGUGAACAGGAGUUCAGGCUUGAUCCCAUGCUGGAGGACCAUGAGGGUCUCAUGGAAAAGAUGGACACCUGGAACUUCCAGAUUUUUGACCUUGUAGACAGAACUGGAGGGAAAACCGGAAGAAUCCUCAGCUACGUGACAUACACAUUGUUCCAGGACAUGUGUCUGUUCGAGAUCUUCAAGAUCCCUGUAAAGGAGUUCAUGUCCUACUUCUUUGCUCUGGAAAGUGGCUAUAGAGACAUUCCCUACCAUAACCGGGUACAUGCUACAGAUGUGCUCCAUGCUGUUUGGUACCUGACCACUCGACCAAUCCCUGGAUUUCAGCAGAUACACAGUGAGCAUGUGACGGGAAGUGACACAGACUCAGACAGUGGAAUCUCCCCAGGCAGAAUAUCUUACGCCACGUCCAAGAGCUCCUCAAUUUCAGAUGACAGCUAUGGCUGCCUGGCCUGGAAUAUACCUGCCCUGGAGCUCAUGGCCCUUUAUGUAGCAGCUGCAAUGCACGACUAUGACCAUCCUGGUCGUACAAAUGCCUUUUUAAUUGCCACUAAUGCACCUCAGGCAGUGCUGUACAAUGACCGCUCAGUCUUAGAGAACCACCAUGCUGCAUCAGCCUGGAGCCUCUACCUGUCCCAGCCCGAGUACAACUUCCUGGCCAACUUAGAUCACGUUGAAUUCAAGCGUUUCCGCUUCCUUGUCAUUGAGGCAAUACUUGCCACAGACCUCAAGAAGCACUUUGACUUUCUUGCUGAGUUCAAUUCCAAGGUAAACGAUGUGAGCAGUCCAGGAAUUGAUUGGACCAAUGAGAACGACAGACUUCUGGUUUGCCAAGUUUGUAUCAAGCUGGCAGACAUCAAUGGACCGGCCAAAGUCCGAGACCUUCACCUCAAAUGGACAGAAGGCAUUGUAAACGAGUUUUAUGAGCAGGGAGAUGAAGAGGCAAAAUUGGGAUUACCCAUCAGCCCCUUUAUGGACCGCUCUGCACCGCAGCUGGCCAAGCUGCAGGAGUCCUUCAUCACCCAUAUUGUAGGACCACUAUGUAAUUCCUACGAUGCUGCCGGUCUGCUUCCUGGCCACUGGGUUAAUGGAUCAGAUUCAGAUGAAGAUGAUGAUGAAGCACAGGAAGACACAGAUGAAGAAGCAGAUGAAGAGGAUGAUCUAGAAGUUGAUAUGGGAACAGGAAGGACAAAAGGUCGGCGAAGGUUGUUCAGCUGCAUCAUGCAGCACCUGUCAGAGAAUCACAAGGUUUGGAAGAAGAUCAUUGAGGAGGAGGACAAGAGUAAAGAGCUUGGCAAACAGAUGCAGCCAGAAUGCUUGCCCACCUCUACAUCAGAUGACAUCCAGGUUAUCCAGGAGGAGGAGGAGGGGGAGGAGCGUCAGUAAUGGGGGGGGCAAAGUUAAUGUGCCGAGAGCUGCACAAAAAAGAAAAGGAGAAGCUGUGGAAGGACGUUCUUCAACCAUCUGCCUUUUAUUGACACAAAGACUGACAGUCAAUAAAUGCACAUCAAAUAUACUUUGUUCCUGCUCUAUCCUGAACAUACACAUUAAAAGAUUCACUGUGCAGACACUUAGAUAUUAAAGCAGUCUCCUCGUUUUCAGAAUCAAAAAGGCCUUACUACUGUGAGCGGAUCCUUACUGCAACGGUAGGGGCCCAACCCCUAUGCACUUUCAUCCCAUGGAGAGUCAAGUGCAAAUAGACAUUAAAGCACCAGAACCAAGGAUAAAGGUGCAGAAGAGACUGUGGAGGGGGGGGGGUCCAGCAUCGACUUUUCCUCCAUGGUGAAUUGGCUGUGUUGCUGCCUUGAAUGCAAAGCGCUUAACACUUAACACCUCCUUUAGGUACAAAAUAGUUCCUGUUUAUUUAUAGAUAAAAUGAAAGGUAGAGGAAAAGUACUAAAGUAGGUGGUAUCCUCAGCCCUUACCAAAGUGAACAGUCCAACUAUGGAAAGACAAGAGACUGAAAAUGUUUCAGCCUCAGUGUCAAGUAUA